AUGCAAAACUUGAAUAAAAAACGUAUACUACAACAACGACGGCAAAGUUUACUUUUGAUCGAUAAUACUGGCGUUGGUGGUAGUGGUGACCAUCAAUUUCAAGCGUUUUCAUCUUCAACGAUCAUUAAUAAUGAUAAACAAUCGUUAGAAGAACGAUUAUUGUUAACAUCAUCAUCAUCAUCGAAACGACUAAACGAACAAGAGAAAGAACAACAACAAUAUACGAAUAAUGAUUUUGAUUUACCUUUAGCUCGUUCGAGUUUAAUUUUCUAUAACAGUCAAUCUUUCAAUGAACAACAAUUAUUGAAUAAAAAACCUACAAAAUAUGAAAUAACACCAGAAUACAUUGCCAAUCUAACUAAUCAACAAUCAAAUCGACGAGAAAAAGUAUUAUGGGCAAAUAAUCAAAGAACAUCAAUAAAAAAUUCGAAACAAGACGAAAUAUUUGAGUUAACGAAUACAAGUAGUGAAUUAUUUGACGAUUCAAAGGAUAUGUCACGAUUAAAUCGACAAAGCAAUAAAAUUGUGGUAAAUGAAAAGGAUUUUGAUGAAGAUUAUAAUAGUUACGUUGAAAACGGAUAUGUCGACUUACAAGAGAAGAGAGAAGAUCUAUCACAAACACCUGAAAACAUUUUAAGUUCAGAUGAUGAAGUUCAAUUUAUUUCAAUGUCGAAUGGUAAACUGGUCAGCAAUCAAGCUGUACAAGUUCAAACGGACGAUAAUAAACAACGGAAAAAGAAAAAGGUGACUCGAACAAAAACAAGGUAUACGAGUAAUAAACGCCAAACAAGUGCCGUCGAUCAACUAAACCAGUCGACAAAACGAAUUCCUACAGCACAACGUCAAACGUUACUACUACCAUCUCAGCUACUAAAUGGUAGUGGAGGAGAUAUGAUCAAAUUAUCGGCUAUGAAAAUGGCACGUGAUGCGGCCUCUAAUGAUGAGUCGAAUACAAAACGUUUGAUUUGUGUUGAUACAAGUAAAGCAAGAUCAAAUUUAGAUGUUGUGAGAAUGUGUGUCAAAGAAUUGGGAUGGAAAGAAGUGAGUAAAAGGACUCUGUCGGAUAUCAAAAUUAUGCUAAACCAAACCUUUAUCUGUCAAGUUCUGUAGAGCUCGUCGUGAUAGAUCUAACCAUGUAUCGGUUGUGGAAUCAUUCAUUGAGGUUAACGAGAUCUGAGGAUCCGAAUGAUUUUGGACUUCAAUAGGUACUAACGUAAGAGGAAUGGUCCCUGCUCAGCGCAAGGAAUUAGAAUGAAAUAUUCUUUCGUGUACAGAAAUGAAAACUCUACAAACUGGGUAUGUAACAGGGUCUAACGUCUAGCUUUUCUAGAAAACAUAACUCAUUUACGUUAGAAAAUCGACCGAUUCCAUUUUACCUGUGUUCAGCAAAAUGCUCGUAAAAUCUGAAAGAGAUGCAGAACCAACUUCUCCUUUGAUCAGAAAUUGAGUGAGUUUUACCUCUAUCUACC